CCAUGGAUUUCCCCCAGCACAGCCAGCACGUCUUGGCACAGCUGAAUCAGCAGCGGCAGCUGGGCCUUCUGUGUGACUGCACCUUUGUGGUGGACGGGGUGGACUUUAAGGCGCACAAGGCGGUGCUGGCGGCCUGCAGCGAGUACUUCAAGAUGCUCUUCGUGGACCAGAAGGAUGUGGUGCACCUGGACAUCAGUAACGCGGCAGGCCUGGGGCAGGUGCUGGAGUUCAUGUACACGGCCAAGCUGAACCUUAGCGCUGAGAACGUGGAUGAUGUGCUGGCCGUGGCCAGCUUCCUCCAGAUGCAGGACAUCAUCACGGCCUGCCAUGCUCUCAAGUCGCUCGCUGAGCCAGCUGCCAGCCCUGGGGACCGCAUGGAGGCCCCAGCCGUGGAAGGAGGGGAAAAGAGAGCCAAAGAGGAGAAGGCUGCCGCCGCCAUGCUGAGCAGGCUGGACCAGGCCGGAAGCAGUCCACCCACGGGCCCAGGCAGGGAGCCCAAGGAGGAGCGAGGAGGCCAGGCCGAGAGCGCAGCCAGUGGUGCAGAGCAGACGGAGAAGGCUGAUGCCCCCCGGGAGCCCCCGCCUGUGGAGCUCAAGCCAGACCCCACGAGUGGCAUGGCUGCUGCAGAAGCUGAGGCUGCCUUGUCAGAAAGCUCCGAGCAAGAGAUGGAGGUAGAGCCAGCGAGGAAGGGGGAAGAGCGAGAGGACGAGGGCGCAGGCCCUGCAGCCGUCAAGGAAGAGGGGCCCCCACUGGAGAACGGGGAGGCCCCCGAGGACGAGUCGGCUGGCACAGACUCCGGGCAGGAGCUCAGCGUGGAGGCCCGAGGCCUGCGCUCGGGCUCCUACGGCGACCGCACUGAGUCCAAGGCCUACGGCUCGGUCAUCCACAAGUGUGAGGACUGCGGGAAGGAGUUCACGCACACGGGCAACUUCAAGCGGCACAUCCGCAUCCACACGGGCGAGAAGCCCUUCUCGUGCCGGGAGUGCAGCAAGGCCUUCUCGGACCCCGCCGCCUGCAAGGCCCACGAGAAGACGCACAGCCCGCUGAAGCCCUACGGCUGCGACGAGUGCGGCAAGAGCUACCGGCUCAUCAGCCUGCUCAACCUGCACAAGAAGCGGCACUCGGGCGAGGCGCGCUACCGCUGCGAGGACUGCGGCAAGCUCUUCACCACGUCCGGCAACCUCAAGCGGCACCAGCUGGUGCACAGCGGCGAGAAGCCGUACCAGUGCGACUACUGCGGCCGCUCCUUCUCCGACCCCACGUCCAAGAUGCGCCACCUGGAGACGCACGACACGGACAAGGAGCACAAGUGCCCGCACUGCGACAAGAAGUUCAACCAGGUCGGGAACCUGAAGGCCCACCUCAAGAUCCACAUCGCCGACGGGCCCCUCAAGUGCCGGGAGUGCGGCAAGCAGUUCACCACCUCAGGGAACCUCAAGCGGCACCUGCGCAUCCACAGCGGGGAGAAGCCCUACGUGUGCAUCCACUGCCAGCGGCAGUUCGCGGACCCCGGGGCGCUGCAGCGGCACGUGCGGAUCCACACUGGCGAGAAGCCAUGCCAGUGUGUGAUGUGUGGCAAGGCCUUUACCCAGGCCAGCUCCCUCAUCGCCCACGUGCGCCAGCACACUGGGGAGAAGCCCUACGUUUGCGAGCGCUGCGGCAAGAGAUUCGUGCAGUCCAGCCAGUUGGCCAAUCACAUCCGCCACCACGACAACAUCCGCCCACACAAGUGCAGCGUGUGCAGCAAGGCCUUCGUGAACGUGGGCGACCUGUCCAAGCACAUCAUCAUCCACACUGGAGAGAAGCCUUACCUGUGCGACAAGUGCGGGCGUGGCUUCAACCGGGUGGACAACCUGCGCUCCCACGUGAAGACUGUGCACCAGGGCAAAGCCGGCAUCAAAAUUCUGGAGCCAGAGGAGGGUGGGGAGGUCAGCGUGGUCACUGUGGAUGACAUGGUCACGCUGGCCACAGAGGCGCUGGCGGCGACAGCUGUCACUCAGCUCACAGUGGUCCCAGUGGGGGCUGCGGUGACCGCUGACGAGACGGAGGUGCUGAAAGCCGAGAUCAGCAAAGCCGUGAAGCAAGUGCAGGAGGAAGACCCCAACACCCACAUCCUCUACGCCUGCGACUCCUGUGGGGACAAGUUCCUGGACGCCAACAGCUUGGCGCAGCACGUGCGGAUCCACACGGCCCAGGCGCUGGUCAUGUUCCAGACAGAUGCGGACUUCUACCAGCAGUACGGGCCAGGCGGCGCGUGGCCAGCAGGGCCAGUGCUGCAGGCUGGGGAGCUGGUCUUCCGCCCUCGGGACGGGGCAGAAGGCCAGCCGGCGCUGGCAGACACACACCCGACGGCACCCGAGUGCCCACCACCUGCGGAGUGAGCGGACAGCCCCGGCCCUCCUGUUUAUUUAAGGAUGGAUGUGCCCUGGAACUGAGAGGGGUGGCCCCAUUCCCUAGAGAGAAUAAAUCUGAUUAUUUUCUAA